AUGGCAACGCUUAAGGACCUUGGUUAUGGAUUCAAUGGCAACGGUGAACUGAGGAAAAUAGAGGAUGGCUCCCGAUUCGUCUUCACUAAUCAAGAGGAUUACGUACGAAUUGGUGAUGCAAUGACGAAGGAACUAUAUGGAAUUCUGGAAAGACAAUGUGGCCUGGAAAAGAUUGAUAUACCAAUCAGAAUCGCUAAUGACCAUGGUGAUUCAGUGGAUUACAAAGGCUUCGUUUAUGUAUCGCCCGGUUUCCAAAGUAAAUCAACUGUCACACUGAUAAUUCACGGUAGUGGAGCAGUACGUCCUGGGCAAUGGUCAAGAAGACUGAUACUGAAUGAGAGUCUAGAAACAGGAUCGCAGAUUCCGUACAUUCAACGUGCUCUAAAGAAUGGUUGGGGUGUUGUUGUGUGCAGUACAAAUACAGAGGAACAGAUACAAAAUUAUGCCUGCCAACAUCUUUGUGCUGUAUAUGAGAAGCUGCUGAAGGAUUCACAAAUCGAAAGAUUUUUCGUCAUUGCCCACAGCCGAGGCGGCCCUGACUUUGCUAAUGCCUUCCUAAAUUUUCAACAAGACCGCCGGUUUGCUGUAGUAUGUCUGACAGACUCUGUAGACAUCCAAAUACCCCCUUCUGGUUUGACUGUGCCUCCGAGUGGCGGUCCUGUUUUUAUCAACUGGAAGGCUGACAGCAAUUUUCAACAGACGGCAUUAUCUGAUGGUGAAAUUCUCAAUUGGUACUCGCGAGUUCAUCACGUUUACGCCGGUACAACAGAACACGAAAGGUCUUCACAUGCGGCAAUCAAUAGCGUCUUUCACAUUCUAGAGAACUGGCAUGACGCCAACGAUCUACCAAAGUUACUUGCGGAAGCUUCCGGUCUCACGUCGGUAAGGAAGUAA